CAGUGAUAACAUGGCAUCUUCUGGUCCAGGACGAGGCUCGAGCCAGACGCGCAAAGUGCCUACGAUGCGACCGGGACUGGGAGUCGGAGGCAGGCCAGGCGUCAACAGAGCAGCCACUGCCACGCCCGUCAUGAAUGGCCGUAUAUCACCAGCCGACAGCAUUGCAUCGUCGCGGAAUAGGACUCCGAAGCGCAAAGCACCGCCGGGACUGGACAGCGAGGUUGCGGAGGAGACCAACAUCAAUGUCGUGGUACGGUGUCGGGGGCGCAAUGACAGAGAGGUCAAGGAAAACAGCGGCGUGGUGGUCUCAACCGAUGGCAUCAAGGGCAAGAAGGUGCAAUUAUCCAUGGGUCCCAAUGCGCUGAGCAAUAAGGCCUAUGAGUUUGACAAAGUCUUUUCGCCAGCAUCAGAUCAGGGCAUGGUGUUUGAGGAAGUCGUGGCUCCGAUUCUCGAUGAAGUCCUCAAUGGCUUCAACUGCACCAUUUUCGCCUACGGACAGACGGGAACUGGCAAGACGUACACCAUGUCAGGCGAUAUCAGCGACACUCUGCCUAUUCCCGAGGCAGCAGGCAUCAUUCCUCGAGUAUUACAUACUCUAUUCGCAAGACUUGGCGAGGACGAGGAGGAAAAGAUCGAGCACAGUGUCAAGUGUUCAUUUAUUGAGCUUUACAAUGAAGAAUUACGCGAUUUACUUGCUGCUGAUGACCACACAAAAUUGAAAAUCUUUGACGACGCCAACAAGAAUGGCAGGACUACGACAAUGGUACAAGGAAUGGAGGAAAGCCACAUCGAAACUGCAUCCAAGGGAAUCAAGCUGCUGCGAGAUGGGAGUCACAAGAGACAAGUUGCUGCCACUAAGUGCAACGACCUAUCUUCGCGCUCACAUACCGUCUUUACCAUUACUGUAUAUCAGAAGCGCACGUCAGAUGCGGGAGAGGACUACGUCUCAGCGGGUAAGCUGAACCUAGUAGAUCUGGCUGGAUCUGAAAAUAUUCAGCGUUCUGGAGCAGAGAACAAGCGUGCUGCUGAGGCGGGUCUGAUCAACAAGUCCCUACUCACACUUGGGCGCGUUAUCAAUGCAUUGGUUGACAAAAGCAGCCAUAUUCCCUACCGAGAGUCUAAGCUUACCAGACUCCUUCAAGAUUCGCUCGGUGGCAGGACGAAGACGUGCAUUAUAGCAACGCUAUCGCCUGCAAAGAGCAACCUUGAAGAGACAAUCAGUACGCUAGACUAUGCUUUCCGCGCGAAGAACAUUCGCAACAAGCCGCAAGUCAACCAGAUGGUGUCCAAGAAGACGUUACUUAGGGAGUUCACUUCAGAGAUCGAGAAGCUCAAGUCGGAGCUUAUCGCAACCAGGCAGCGGAACGGUGUAUACCUGACGGCAGAGGCAUACGAGGAUAUUACAACCGAGUCAGAGUCUCGAAGGAUCUUGAGCGUAGAGCAGCGAGACAAGAUUGAGACGAUGGAAGUCAACCUGCGUAACAAAGUCAAUGAGCUAUUUCUAUUGACCAGUAGUUUUCAAAUGAUGAAGAAAGGGAAUGAAGAAACCAAAGCAGUGCUCGAACAGACGAAGGGUGUGCUCGCUAAGACUGAGCUGGUCCUGGAACACACCAAAUCUGUGCUGGCCGAGGAGGAACUCCUACGAAAAGCUCAUGAAGAAACUGAAGAACGACUAGCUGAGGUUGGAGGCGAUCUCUUGGGUACUCUGGAAACAACCACGAAUCAUGUUGACAAGCUGCACUCCAAGCUACGAAGACGAUCGGAUUUGCAAGAUGUGAAUCGCAUGAGGUGGGCAGACUCUCAAGGACAAGUCGCAACAGCUACCAUGAGCGUAGAGGAUCGCAUCGAAAGCUUGCGCGCUCAACAAGAGAGCUUGCUCUCAUCCCUAUCGGGUCGGAUGCAGACAUUUGUGUCUGAUGAGAUGAAAGAACUCAGAUCAUCACAGGACUUGUUGCAGCAGAAGGCCGCGGCUUUUGAGGCCUCUCACGCCGAGGUAAACGCACAGACGAGCAAGUCCCGAGAUGGCAUGAAUGAAGUGCUGCAAGAAAUUGGCACUCUGCGCGAGGAAGUCAAGCAAAAGGUCGGCGCUGGCUUGGACGAUCUUUCGACAGCUGGGCAACGCAUCAGCGAGGGCAUUGCGACAGAACUCGAUGCCUUCCACGGGCAAUUGCAAGACGCAUAUGUGAGCCUUGGUCGUGACUUCAAGGCACUAUUCGAAGAUCUGAUCCGCCGCAUGACUGAGCAACAAGCAGAAGCGCAGCGUCUCCGCCAGGAUAUCACAGAAGCCAACGCAGGAUUCGUGGAGUCCAGUCAAGCGUCACAAGACCACCUCCGUCAAGCUGUAGAGAAAGAGCGCGAAGUUGCAUCGAGAGAACGCGAGGCUCUUCUAGUGCAGAUCGGGUCACUCGUCAGCAAUUCCGCGGCAGCACAAGAAGCACGCAUGGCAGGUUAUCUAGAAAGCGCCAACAAGCGUAUCAAGACAUCGGCAGACGAGUAUGCCAUGGCGCAGCAAACAUACGGCAGUGGCAUGGAUGCGUGGACUAGCACUGGCCAGGGACUCAUCGACUCGUCUGUUCAGGCCAGAGAGUCUAUCAAGACGAAGCUCAAGGCUGACUGGACGAACGCGAACGAGAAUACCAUCAAGAUCACCGAGACGACCAAAGCAGUGCACGGCGAGACCAUCCGUAUCGUUAAUGGUCAGAAGGCUCAAAUGGACAACCAACUCGUUGCUUUGGACGAGAUCGUCUCCAGAGUGCGCUCGCAGAACGAAGAGCACCACGACGCUCACACAGCCAGCCUCAGCCAGCUUGCAAGUAAUGUUCAAGAUAGCUACCGCAACCUCGGCGAACACUUCGGGACCUCAUACAGCCGCACACAAGCCCUCGACGUCGACAUGCAAGAACGCGCCGAAGUUCUCGUGCAAACACUGCCGGAGCUGGCUGAAGAAGGUGAAAUCCGACGAUCACUUCGCGUCUUACGCGAAGAAAACGGUUCUGCUGCGAUGGCCGAAUACUCCAUCACAGGCGACACUCCUGCCCGAAUGCAAUACACUUACCCAACAGUGCUACCACGCACAGAAAACCAUGAAACCCUCCUCAAUCGUAUGAGAGGCAUCGUACCAAGAGAGCCCCUGGCUUCGCCGCUCAAGUCGCCUAAGAAGCGUCUGUCACCAUCGAAGGCGCGGAACAGUCCUUCAAAGAGUAGUCCCAGCAAACCUCAGACUAGCCCUACGAAGACGACGAAUGUCUUCACUGACACACCGCCGGUCUUGACCUUCUCAGUGGCACCUGCUUCGGCGCCUACUUCCAGACCUCAGACUGCAAGUUCGCUGAGUAGUUUGAGUAGUCUGAGAGAACUUGACGCUAAUGUGGCCCCUAACAUAGGCUCUCUUGCGCCACCAACAACAACUUUCACCAUUGACGAAGGUGUUGAUGAGGAGGGAAUCAUCGAUGCUUCCUCGAUUUGCAAGGUUUCUGAACCGAAGUUGAGAAGACAUCAGACUGAUAGUGCUAUUGCCAAACAGGGAGAAACCAAGUUGCCCACGAAACGGAGCACUAGGAUGACUGUCGCGGGAGGAGCGGGACUUCUUGGGGCCGAGAGCGAGAAGGAGAAUGUCAAUUUGAGCGCGAGUGUCGGUGCUGGCGGGAGAAGAUUGAGAAGUAGAGGAAGUGAUUGAUUAGUGAGCAGAGAA